ACUCGCCCACUUAGUAUCAUUUCAUCUCUCUCGCUCCUUCUCUCUCUCUCUCUCUCACACACGCUCACAGUCGCCGUGCUCUGACGGAUGGAGAUACACUGCCAAGCAGGACUUAGGGGUGAGAAGAGUGUGUUUCUUUUCUUCUGUGGUGUGUUUUCUUUCUCUUCCGCCUGGCUUCCCUCAUGAGCUGCUAAGUCUCGAGGAUGAGGAGGAUCUAUUUGUGAGGAAGACACGACAAAAGAAGAGGGAGCAAGAAGCAACAGGGUGAUAAAUCCAGCGAGCGGGAGUGGGCAAGAAAAUCCAUUUCCUGGAGGCAAGUGCAAGGAGCCCCGUCUCCCAGCAGCAGCCAUGUGAGAGGAGCCGUCGGCGAGCACAGGAUGCCCACAUCCAGCUAGGACAACGCAGCCCUCCCCCCCAUCUCUCUCUCUCUCUCUCUCUCUCUCUGUCGUUCUCACUUUCUUUCUCUCUCUCUCCUCUCCCCUCCCCUCCCUCCUCCUGCUCCCUCCCUCCCUCCCACAUGAGGACAAGAAGAUGACUAUCACCAGCCGGCAGUCCUUCAACGUCCUGACAGUCAUCUUCCUCCUGCUGUCCACUGCAGCUCUCUCUGCUCAUUACCGAGUGUGUGAACCCUACUCCGAUCACAAAGGACGGUACCACUUUGGCUUCCACUGCCCGCGCCUCUCCGACAACAAGACCUACAUGUUCUGCUGCCACCACAACAACACGGCCUUCAAGUACUGCUGCAACGAGACCGAGUUCCAGAUGGUCAUGCAGGUCAACCUCACCACCACCUCAGACGGUUAUGCACACAACAAUUACACAGCCCUGGUCGGCGUGUGGAUCUACGGCUUCUUCGUCAUGGUGCUGCUGGCCCUGGACUUUCUCUACUACUCGGCCAUAAAUUACGAGCUGUGCAGGAUCUACCUGGAGAAAUGGGGCCUGGGGGGACGCUGGCUGAAGAAGGCCCGGAGUCAGUGGCACCGGUCCAUGCCGGAGGAGAGUGAAACCCAGGCUCAGGCCCAGCCCAUGGUCCCCAGCCACUACCAGCCCAGACACAGCCUCCGGGGGGAGAGCCACAGCCCCACGCUCCUGCCCUACAACACAUCCACCGCAUGAAACAUGCCGUGGACGAACAGAAGAGUAGCAAGGCCUUGUUUCCUUCCACCGGUACGGAGGAGACGUCCCCCAGCCGCCCCCCUCUGGACUACAGACACGGCUCCGCCGCUGGGCUCGCCAUACUGUAGUGGUUAGAUGAGACUACUGCCCCUCUGUAAUGAGCACAAAUCACCCAUGGACCACAGGAGCAGCCCUGCAGGACGGCGUGGAGGAACCUCAGAGGAGAGACAGACACCUCCACCUCCCGACAGGGUGGAGUCGGCCUCCGAGGAUGGCCGGCGGAGCUUCCCAAACAAAUCCCAGCUGAACGGGAUGAACUCCACUCGCAAGUGAGAAGGCUUGCCUAUUAAAAAAAAAAACAAAACAAAACAAAAAAAAUCUUUCUAGAUAUAAAAUGUUUAUUCCACUGCUGUGUCACUUCGUGUUGGGUAGCAGUUAGACACAGUUGUGGGUUAUCUAUUUGGUGAUUUAUUUAUGUGAGCUAGUCAGAGAAGUAUAUGAGUGGCUGACAUUCUGAAUAUGUGCCGGCUUAGGUUGAUGCUGAGCAUCUCACUUUAGACUAGAGUGUUUCUGUUUUCCUACCGAGACCAGAUGCGAGACGUCUCUGCGGCCAUGUCGACAAAACUUGUAAGAAGUGUUUCAAGUUUCCUUUCCACAAAACUCGAGGAGGACAGAACGCCGCUGUGAGGUCUGAAGGUUUGACGUGCGGCCAUUAGACGUUCUCUCUCUCCACCCAAAACAUUAACGAGGAUCAGGGAUGCUUUCACAACAACAGACACAGAGACAACAAACUCACGUAGACCCUUACUUUUAGACUUAUUGUGUGUGUGUUUGCUCCACAUCCUCAUCGGUGACAUGUCUGACCUUCCUCAUUACCCGAGCUGCCUGGAAUCGGCUCCAUUAGCAAUACGAUGCAGACGAAUUUCCAUUAGUUCCUUUAUAAGGACCACUUUAUAUCCCACAUCGGUAGUCGACAAUUGUGAGCGAUUAGCCAUAAUAGAAAAAUGUUUAAAGAACAUGGAGUCCAUUAAAAUCCUCGUCACUGUCAGCAAUAAUGUACAGUAGCUUCAUCGGAGGGUUGGCAGGGUCUGUGAGAGCCAGACCGGCUGGCUGCGAGAGCAGUGGCCGACCGCUGAGGAGCAGAACGGAAGUAUCGGCUCAAUCUGCUCUCAGCAGAGAGGAGAAGUCAGUAACACGGACUUUGUAGUUCGUUUGGAUAAUGACACGAUUCCACAGAUUUCCAAAGAUUCAUGUGUCAGCUUUGUAAGAGGCGAGCCGUUGAAAACAAACGAUUUUCACUCUAGAACUCGGACUGAUGAUUACUCUCAACUCGAUGCUUAUUUAUUCAGGAAUGAAAACUGCCCGUAAUGAUCCGGUGUUUAAACUGCUUAUUGUCAGCAAAACACCACUAAGAGUGUGAAAACUAAUAAAAAUCCGACAGUUUGAAUAAACCGAAUGCUAAAAAGGACAGCUAAGAUAUCAUAGAGGGAAGAACUCGAAGCGCACCUCAAGAUUAACUCAAUUUUGUUGUUUUGUCUGUGAUUUGUUGAAGCGGUACUUUUCAAAGUGUGGGAGAAUUAAAAUCUACUCAGAUAUUGAAACUAUCCCAGAAAAAGAAGAGCAGCAUUCUUCACUUGAGCCUAAAAAAAAAAAAAAAAAGGAGAAAAUACUGGCUGUAAAACACUCGAGCAAACAAUAAAACAGAUUAUCAGCGUCGGUGAGGAGUAAUUAUUUGCCCGUUGACUGUUAGAUAAAGUAAGUGUUCCGGCUCUGCGGCUGAGGUAAAUUGAUUACCCUCUUGGCUUAUUCUGGCCCAGCUGUGGAGUUUCGCUGACUCAGCAAUCCAUUAAGAUGCUGCAGGUUCUUUAAAAAAGUGUGCAAAGCAGCUGCUGGUAGCAGCAUGCGGAGACAAGGUGGGAGGGUUAAAAAAAAGGUGGAGUGGGAGGAGAGAGAGGGGUGUGAAGAGGAAGGGGUACCCAGAAUUCUUCUCAUCUGCAACUGGGUUUGUGCGAUAGCAGGACUGGUUGAGUUCUGGGUGUAAACUGGAAGGAGUCAUCCACCGGGCUUCACAUUUCAUCUUUAGGUUUCCUGAAGUUUCGGAGCGGAACAUGGGAGAGCGGCGGUCAAGUGCUGUAAAGUGCGGCCCGUCCGCGUUCUUCCCCGUUAUCAGCAAUAAUAUUCAAAUUUGCUGAGUUGUUAGAGGAAGUUAAUUCCCAUUUCAAUAGCUGAAGUUUAAUUGCAUGUGCGCCCCAGUAGACUCGCACCAUCACUUUCGGGGGCACAGAAGCAGGAUGUGUCCAAGUGAAAUAAUUGGCCUCGAGAUCAGCAGUGCUUCAAAAUGAUGCUCUCUCACUCGCUCGCUCUCUUUCUCUCUCUCUCUGGCUGCCUCCUUAUUCCCAGAGUGUGAAGAAGGGGGGAGAUUUUUAACAGGUGCUGCAGGACAAAGAGGAUUUAAUUAGUCCCCCGUGCUGGAUAAGUAGGGGAGAAAAGUGUUAUGUUGGAGAACAUGCUUUUCGGGGCGCCACGCUGCGCGUUUUGACCUGUAAUACCAGAAAAGAGGUCUGUCCUUAUCACCAGUAACAUAUUACACAAGUCACACCCAGGGAGUGUAAAGCCCAAAACUUCAUGUUGCCUCUGAUGAGCAGUAGCAGGGUCAAAACACGUGAGGAUUAUUUCCCUUUUUUUUAAAGUUUGUUUUUUUUAAUGUUACAGGAGAUGGAUUUGUGAUGUUUUCUGUUUAGCUGAAAGCAGUCUUGGCUCUGGCCUGAUGUGAUGUGGUACUGUAAAGUGUAUCAGCUCAACCCUCUUCCCACAACGAAAAAAAAGAUCAAACAAAAAAACAAAGAGAUGGGAAGAAGGAAGCACACACAUCUGUCUCAGUCCCUCCAGGUUGUCAUGGUAACAGUUGCCUUACAGUCGAAUACCCACUUGUGCGCCGAAGCUUUGUAGUCGUCGAUACCUCACUUUUUUUGGGUGUGGUGGUGAAGAUGAGGAUGAUGAAGAUGAGGAGGGUGUGCACAGCGUUCUGUCUAUGUAUUUAUUACUAGAUAGAAUGGUCAGUACUGAUUUCAGUUGGGUUGUUAUUGCACUUGUUGACUUUGUAUUGUCACGACAGGGAGAAAUAAAGUUUUAUCUUUUCCAGUGUG